GGGCUAGGGCUGUUUAGGAGGGUGACCUUGAGAGACUUAAAGGCACAGAGGGGGAAAAGACAGCAAAAACAAAGACAGGGAGAGAGUUGAGAGAGCAGAGAACAGCUUGAGACAAGUGGAGGGAGGGCGAGGAGUAGGAGGGAAGGUGACAGACACAACUCAGGAGCGGCAGAUGCAGCUAAGAGUAACAGAGACAGACACUGAGAGAACAGAGAAGACCCUUAAGGCAAGAGCAGACUCAAGUAGGGGGCAGGGAGGAUGUGAGAGAUGCGGGGCACAGGAGCAGAGGGCCAGGGCCCUGUGGCUCAGGCUGGUGAAUCUGGUCCCCAUUCUGCCUCCCAGAUUCACUCCCUAGGUGUGUUUGUUUACUGGUCCCUCCCUGUCUGGCUCUGAUGCUCCAACUCUCCAACUCUCAGGUUCUAGGGGUGCAGAUCACAUUCCCUCAGACUCCAGAAUCCCGGGCUCAGCCAUGGGCUCUUCCAGCACCUUCCUCUGCAUCCUGUUUCUCUGUGGGGCACUGGAUCUCACCACUUCCCCUGCCCAGGGGUGGCUCCGCUGUUACACCUGCAGCUUCGCCAAACCCUGCUACCCUGUUCCCACUGAUUGUCAGGAUGAUGAAGCAUGUGGCAUCAGUAUUGGCACCUCAGAGCAGAGUGAGAUCAUUGAGCAGAAAGGCUGCCUCCCAAGGACUGGGUGCCCUCUGCCAGGCCAUGCCACCUACUGGUCACGCUCCUACGCUCUGUGGUACCAUUGCUGUGAGCAGGACCUGUGCAAGUUGGCCACCACACUGCAGUGGCUCCCCACCCCCCUCCUCACCACUCUGUUCCUCCUUGUGGCCAGCUUCACCUGGGGAGGCCACCUCCUCCACUAGCCUCUCAAGAUCUGCAGCCCUCAACCCAGGACUCCUCCGCCAUCACUACGGCCCUGGAAACAUCUGCACAGACACUUUUGAGAUACGCCCAAGAACCUGUUUUUGUACAGAGACCUCACAUCCCCGGCCCAGCACCUUCACAGACCCCUCCCAAGACCUGACUCCUAUGGGUACCCCUCCCGCCCCUACAGGCGCCUGCCCAGAGCCCAGCCUCAUUAAGAACACUUGUUUGAUGUCUUUUGUCUUUUCUAGAUGCCUGUUGCUGAUGCCCUGUCUCAGCCCCAGGUCUCUGGCAAGGCAGGCAUAUGAUGGAGCUGUGGGUCUCAGGCAAAGGGAUUGAAGGGGCACCAGGUAUGGUGAGGAGGAGAGUCUUGCUAGGAAAGAUUAAUUUGGUAGGUCAGGAACUCAGGAAGGAGGGCUUGGGGAACUAUGAAGAGUAAAUUUAAUAAAAGUGCUAUCUGAGAGUCUGGUAACACUGCUGUGUGUGUGUGUGUGUGUGUGCGCUCUCUAAAACCAAACUAGAGCUGCUUGGUGAGUUGGGCUGCGGUGCUGGAAGCUGAACCACAACUCUCACCUCAUUCCCUAGUUGUGUCAUUUGCGUCCUUCUUGCCAAUAGCUUAGCUUAAGCCACUACAGCGUGAAGGCUUUAGGCGAGACUUCGGAGAAAGCCUUUCUCCAGUGAGGCACAAGCUUGAGCAGAUACACAAAAGGGCGCCUGGUGGAGUUGCUUGUGAGGGUGUGGCUGGAGUCCAGCUCAUUUCUGCCUGAGACUGCAGAAUGAACGAGUUAGGAGCAUCAAUGCCCCCUCCUGCUUCACCAGCCCAGACUUGUCCAUGGUUCACAGACACGCAGGGCCUGAUUACACACCCUACUGGGAAAUCCGCCCACCCCCUGCUGUGGACACUCGCUCUGCACAGGGAGACAGUGUGUGACUCCAGGGGCUCCCGGGAUGUCAGGGUGACAAAAAACUGCUCACUGCUCUGGAUGCCACGAUGGGGUACCUAGGAUAAGAGGGUGCCCCGUGGUAGUGGCUGAGCCCAGGUACCCCCAUCCUGACUCAGUUCCCUCUCCUUUCAUCUGAGGAUGUCUGGGGUCUGACUAAAGGUACUUGUUCUUUCUCAACUUCUCUUCAUUGUAAGGAUGAGAAGGGGUCGGGGCGGGACGUCUGGCUUAAUUCAGAGGCAACUUAAGUCUUCUUUCCAUU